CCCAAAAUGGCUGUGGAAAAACAGUUUUGAAGAUUUGUCGUUCUGCAUGAAAUUUGAAGAUGCUGCAUGGUGUACAUUUAUGAAGAGGGCCGUUUACGGUGCCGAGGACCCCACCGGAAAGGUGAAAGGAGGGAGAGGGUGAGAGAGGAGGAGAGGAAAGAGGAGUGAACGGAGAAGAGGAGAGACUGGUGUGUUGAUCUGAACGGUCCUGACCAAAAGUAUGAAGAGCCAGGAAGUCAAGACCCCUAACUCAGUCAAGUCACUCAAGAUGCCAGGUGACAUGAGACCGGUCACUCCCAUGAAGAGCCUCCAGUUCCGCAGCAUCGCCCCCAAAGCUCCCCCCCCUCCCCCACCACUGGUGUCGGACGCCCCAAAGCCCAGCGGUGCCCCCAUGCUUGUGCCCACACAGAACUACGCCCUCAUGCAGGUGGCCGGACGCGAGGGCACCUUCUCCUUGGUGCCGCUGCCAGCCUCUGCCUCCGCGUCGCCACCGCAACAGCCAAUCAGCAAGAGCCUCAAGCUGCCCAUCCCCCGCUACCAGCCAAUGAGGAGCAAGGGCACGCCCGAGAAGGCGGGGAACAGCAAGACGUCGGGCAGCCCUGCCAAAGUCGCCAUGACGCCGGCUCGGUCGGUGGCAGCAGCAUCAGCCAUCCAAUCCAAAGCCUCAGAGGUGGCAAACACGCCCACCGAGCCAGCCAAUGAGCCGCUGGUGUUUGCCGGAGAGGCGGGUCUUGUCGGAAAAGCUGGCCCGAUCUUAGGAUCGUUGGCGCCCAAGCCGACCGCUGUUGCUAUGCCCACCCCAGAGUUGACCCCGCCCACCUGUCAAGUCAAGCCUGAGAAGGUGACUCAGCCAAUCACGGUGCUCUCUCCCGCCCUCUUUGGGAAGGCUGUGCAGCUGGUCACACCCUCUCCCUCGGGGAAACUCCCCAUCCUGCCUUACUCCCGUGUCAGGGACUCCCUAUUGGCCAGUCCGCCUCCGGCCCCUCCCCCUCCGCCUCCUUCUCUAACCAAUCAGAACACUCCUAUGAUCUCACAGACCACACCUCCCCAGUUAACCCCGCCCUCGGCCAAGAGGAAGCGCGGGCGCCGCCGGAAAACUCCGGAAGACGUCCUGGCCCUGGAGGCGCGGCGGAAGCGCUCGCUCACCUUCUUCCGCCGCCGCGCCGCCCCCGAGAAGCCGUCGCCCUCCGCCAGCGCUGCCCCCGGGUCCAGGAAGUACCGCAGCAUCCGGCCCAAACCGGCUCCAGGCGCGACCCUGCCCCUCCAGCUGUCCUCCUCCUCCUCCUCCUCGUCCUCCUCCUCGUCCACCUCCCCCUCUCCCCCCCUACAGACCCCCCUCAGCCUCCCGCUGCACCCCUGCCCCACCUGCGGACGCUGCUUCCAGCACAAGCACCACCUGACCGCUCACCUGACCACCAGCCACCUCCUGCUGGCCAAUCGCGGCAAGGCGGCGGCGUCGACGGCAGCACCGGCGGCGACCGAGUCGGGCCUGGAGCUGGAGCGCGGCCACGCGAGGCCCGUGCGGCGGGUCAGGUGCGGUCCGCUUGGGUCCACACGUGUCCGGCCGCGGCCUCUGCUGCGCUGCCUGUUCUGCCAGAAGGCCUUCAGCUACGUGGGCGUGUUCUUCAGUCACCUGCGUGAGCUGCACCGCGUCAUCCUGACCGUGGAGCCCUCCAUCGCCCAGCACGAGGAACACACCCCGGGCACGGAGCUCUGUGAGGAGGACAUGGAGGACCCCGUGGAGCUGCAGAUCAAAUGCGGCCGGUGCCAAGCCGUCACGCCCACCUUCUCCGACAUGCAGCUCCACCUCCUCUACGUCCACGGCCAAUCAGCAGGCCCCGGGCCCUCGGGGGGCGGUCCUACGGGCGGCGGCGGUGACGGCCGGACCGUGGAGGAGGAGCUUGUGAAGCACGCCGCCCACUACUGGAGGCAGCUGAACGAGCGGCGAGCCCUGCGUAGGUGCGGCCGCUGCCAGGAGGUCUUCCUGUCCGCGUCCAGACUCAAGCGGCACGCGUGCGGCCGGCGCCCUGGGGGUGCGGCGUCGGCGGGGCUCAGGACUGGACGCGGUGUCCACUGCUUCCUGUGCAGCGUCGUGCUAGACAGCAAACAGGAAGUGCUUGAGCACUGGAGGGGCCGGCACUACUGUGAAAACCCCCCCCUCCUGUGGGACGCUCUGAACGAGGGCGGAGAGACUGAUGGCAGGAGUGUCUCCUAGCAACCCCUGAUGCACCACGGAAGGACACGUGCACGUGUGUGUGUGUGUGUGUGCGUGUGUGUGUGUGUGUGUGUGUGUGUGUGUGUGUCUGCGCGUGUGUGCGUGUGUGUGUGUGUGUGUGUGUGUGUGUGUGUAAGAGUACGAGUACGAGUAAGAUGUGUGACAUAAACCACUACUACAGUUUUAGCUGUUCAGCUGUUUAGCCAUGUCCGGUUGCACUGCUUUCUUCAUUUGAAUGUCAAGUUGUUUUUACUUUUAUAUAUUUUUUUUCUUGAAGUUAAGAAUUGUAAUUUAUAGGAUUGUUUUCAAACUAGAGUGUUUUGUGUACUCUGUGUGUAACUGAUUAUUUAAGUUUUGUUUUGUUUGAAGCUAACUCACAGGGCUAUCACUACAAGGCUAAGAGAGAUAUCAGACAGACAGUGAAGCUCCCGGCCAAUCAUAUCUCUGUCGGAUUCUCAGUAGCCAAUCACAGCUCUGCCAGUAUGUUACCGGCCAACCACAGGUCCAUGCUCUCAGGAUGGGAAUAUUUGGGUUACAUAAUGAUGCAAGCUCCAUAUUCUCAGAGAGAUAUUUUGAAGACAGCCACUAAAGAGGCGGGUUUUGAUUGUUAUACGUGUUUGUGUGUGUGUGUGUGUGUGUGUGUGUUGUGGCUCACUGAUUGUGAGAUGUACACAUUUUCUGUUUUCAAAUGACUGUUGUUAAACUGUGCUCAAUUGUUCUAAAAGAAAUCAAUGACAGGGUAAUUGAAUGUUUUACAUCAAAUAAUCUAUCCACAUACUGUUCUCAUAGACAUAGAAUAUACUGAGUAUUUAUAGAGAUGAAGACAAAUAAAUACCUAAAUAUUUA